CGGGACUUUUCCCGAAAUCCCCCAAAAAAUUCCGGCCUUGGCAGAAGGUGGAAAAUCCCAGGAGGAGAAGAUGGCGUGGGAUCCAAGCUGGGAUUUUUGGGGAUUUUCCUGCCUCGUCCUGCUCCGAUCCCGACUUUCCCUGGCGCAGCUGAUCGAGGCCACCACGGCACCUCCCAAAAAAAAGCCGGAUCCGGUGACGUCGGAGACCGUGGUGAUCUGGGGGCUGCGCCUCUGGCAGGUGGUCGGGAUCUUCGCCCUCUUCGUCCUUUCCAUCAUUAUCACCCUGUGCUGCAUCUUCAAGUGCCGGAUCCCGCGCACGCGGAAGGAGAUCGAGGCUCGCUACGCCCAGCGCCAGGCGGCCAAAAACUACGCGGACAAACUGGACACGGUGCCGCCCCUGGGCGAGCUCACCGAAAUUCCCGGAGGCUCUCCUGAAAAUCUCCUCACUCUCUCUGGCCACAGCCAAUCCAGACCUCUCCACUCCCUGCCUGUGCUGAAGGAAGAGGAUGAGAUGGUUUUCCAAGGAAUUUAGGGAGUUUUGAUUCCCAGCUGCCUGUGGCUUCUCUUUUCCAAGGGGAUCCAUCAAUCCUUGGAUUUGCUGCUUCUCCAUUCCUGGAUUUUUCCUGUUUCCUCAACACCUUUUGAUGACUUUUUUUCCUUCUUUCCUGUGUCUCUCCAGGAGCUGUAAUUCCAUAAAAACGGCAUUUCCCUAAUUUGGGAUAUGCUGCUUCAAUCCGUGGGGAAAGAGGCAGAUCCCACUAUUGUAGGAAUUUAGGAAUUCCUUGGAGAAAUUGAGUCCUACACCAGCAAAAUGCAGAAUUAUGAGAUGAACAACGGGAAUUUGCACAAAUCCCACAAUUUCAGGGGUGCCUGAAACUGGGAAUUCCCAGCCCUGCCUCUGGAGCUGAACUCAAUUCCAUGAAUAAAUCCUUGUCCUUCCACUGAA